CCAUCAGUAGAUGAGUGGAUAUAAACUUUGGUACAUUUAUACAAUGAAAUACUGCUCAGCCAUUAAAAAGAAGGCUAUCUUACCCUUUACAACAACUUGGAUGGACCUGCAAAUUAUUAUGCUCCCUAUAUAUACUGCACCACCUCUCCAGUCUAAAUAUGUUGAAGAACAGCCUGGUAAUUUACAAAUGCGCUUUGCCUCCAUCCGCACUACAACUGGUCGUUACAUUGGCUGGUGCAAGGGUGUUUAUGUCUUUGUGAAAAAUGGGAUAAUGGAUACAGUACAAUUUGGGAAAGAUGCAUAUGUUUAUCUGAAGAAUCCACCACGAGAUUUUCUUCCGAAAAUUGGAGUGAUUACAGUCUCAGGAUUGGCAGGCGUUGUUGCAGCAAGAAAAGGUUCUAGAUUUAAGAAAAUUGCUUAUCCAUUGGGACUGGCUACUUUAGGAGCAACUGUUUGUUAUCCAGUUCAGUCCAUAAUAAUUGCAAAGGUAACCGGGAAAAAGGCAUAUGCUACAAGCCAGCAAAUUUAUGAAGCAGUUAAAUCAUUGUGGACAAAAAACAACAAAAAAGAGUCCCUUCCUGAGCCUAAAGAAAAAACUAAGGUCGAGUUUAAAGGGAGCAAAAAGCUAGGGAGCUCUCCUGAAAUAGAAGUACCUGCGAAAACAGCCCAUGACCAGAAACACUCAAUGGCUUUGCCAACAGAACUCAGAUCUGAAACUAAGACCAAAUCAGAAUCCACCUCAGGUGCUACACAGCGAAUGCCUGACCCCAAGCUCAUGGAUCACGGGCAGUCCCAUCCGGAAGAUGUAGAUAUGUACAGCACUAGAAGCUGAAAUCGUCUACAUAGAGAAUGGCAAGAUUUGUGAAGUUCCAAAUCAUAACGAAAAAUCAUGUAAUGGGUAAUUGUGACACAUAGAGCAUAACUUAAAGCAAAUCUAUUCCUUGCAUCUUCUAAUGUAUGGUUUGACCAGUCACGUAAGUGAUUAAAACACAAACAGCAAACAGAAUCCAAACACUAUUAAAUGAUUGGUGAAGAGGCAGAGGUAGUAUUAAGAUGCAUUUGAUGAUUUUUAAGGGUGUUUAUAAACAAUAGAGUAAAUAUAUGAACACUUAUUAGACUAAGGUCUGAAAAAAUAUGUAUGUGUACAUAUCAAUACUUAUACACACAUAUAGUUGCUUUAGCUUUUUCUAAUUACUGUCAGCUAAAUUAGAAUGAUUUGUGGAAGGAUA